AUGGUCGAGCCCGUUGAAACUCCAAAUGCUGCCUCUGCCGUUUACCCUCCGCCCCAGGACAUGGGCCAAGACUGGGCCGUCGUUGCCCGCGGCCCACCCGAACAUGAACUCUAUGUCCAACACCAGGUCCCGGCCGAGCAUAUGGACCGAACAACGGCCCAGCUCCUGGCCCAAUCCCGGCCCCAGACUAAGAAGAAAGCAGCAAAGGUCCCGUCCUCGUUUGUCGAAAGGCAGGAGAAGCUGAAGGUAUCCAAGCGAAAAGGCCCCCUGCAGGAGAGGCAGAGGGAGAAGACGCACACCAUGCGCAAGACGAAGCGAAUAUGCUGUGAUGAAGGAGACCCAUGCGAGAAGUGCGAGAAGAUCACCGGGCAUGCCCGCUCCUUCCGCGAGCCAUGUUUCCGAGAACACCUCGAAGACACUAGUCUCAUCCGUCGCUGCAAUGGCCGUGAGCAUCAGGAAGAGGCUGAAUUCCUUGCCUACGACUGGAUACAAAACAGCCAGCUCUACGAAAUGGAAAUCAUUUGGAACCUCCCCGGCUACGGCCCCAUACCAAAUGCGCAACCCCUGCGUAUUGCUUUUCGUCCCUACAGUCCCAAACGGGGCUCGCUCGAUGUGGCGACGUCUGUUUGGUCAAACAGAGACGGUCAGGUUCCGUCGGUGGAGCAACCGGCAUAUGCCAUCUAUGAUACUGCUAACCUCGUACUCGCCUUUGAACGCUACUUCUCCAGCCUUCAGCCUGCAAUCGAGGAGUGGAUCUUUGCUCGUAUUCGCCAGGAUGAGGUCGCUUAUCAUACCUACCAAGAGGUAGUGCGUAUGCGUAGGGUAACUGGAAGUAGGGCUCUCGACCUCGCCAUGCGGCUCCAAUGCCUCUCGGUCGUAUCCCAGGGUUAUGGCUCCGUCUUCUCAAACAACAUCCCUGGCAUACGCGAAUACGACUAUCGAAGGCUGGGUCGUAGCGAUUACGAGGCAUACGAUCGCAAGUCGUGCGAUCGGCCCCUUCCCGGCGCUAUAAACCACCAAAUGGACGUCGCCGCUGUCAAGUACCUGAGAAAACUGGAAAAGCUCUUUGUCAAGGAAUUGGCCGCCCUCAUUUUCAAGCCCAAGAUCAAGCCGUGGUACGAGCUGUUCUUGGCUUUCUACGUCAUCUUCUGGAACCUCGAGUACAUCCACCAUGGCGCCCAAGAUUACAUCAAGUCCAAGAAUGGUACCUUGAUUGAAAAUCAGGUCAGCAAUGUUGUCACAACGCAGAUCAAAAAGUGGGAGUUUGCCUUCCCCGUCCUUCUCUAUCACUGGCGCUGUAUCCUCAGGGGUUAUUCGCCCUUUAAGCUAGCGCGUGACAACCCCGACGAGUUGCGCGAGCGCGGCCACAUUGACACUGAGGGGUUCCAAUAUGUCACGAGAAUUGCCACAUUGUUUGACCGAAAUAAUCCCGAUCGCUUCCAGCCGCCGCUUACUGGGUUCGUCGCAACUCACUGGUCCACUUCAAGCGAAUGGAUCGUAAAGCUCUUCAAGGAAGCUGGAGCGUGAGGCGCACAUUGAGUCACGAUUCAAGUCACGCUCUAAUUCGCUUUGAGUCAUGUUGUUCCACUUGUGUUCUGAUACCCAGCCAUGACGAGAGUCAUGGGCUAAACUCGUUCUCCACGGUUCUGGCGUUUGAUGUGGACUGUUUGAUAGGCAAAAAUUGUGAUUACUACUAGAGUAUGUUCCCUUUUUUUUCGUCGCUCCAGUCUCACGAGGGAGAGAAGAGAGAGAUGCUGAAACACGAAUUUAUGGGUACAGAAACGCCAGCCAGUCCUUCAUCACAUGCUUCAGCCGCACAAACCCCUCACUGAAAGCUACUUGUCAGUCUGCCAAGGUCCUUCUUACUAUUCCCGUAGAGCGCUAAUGCAGUCUUUCCUCUA